AUGGACUCCGAAAUCGCAUUCGACUACUCUCCAAGGUUUCGUAUCUACAAGAAUGGCCGCAUCGAACGUCUCUCAACCGAAACCAUCGUCCCACCGUCUCUAAACCCACAAAACGGCGUCGUUUCCAAAGACGCCGUCUAUUCACCGGAGAAAAACCUCUCUCUCCGGAUUUACCUCCCUCAGAAAUCCGUCGAGGAAGAGAAGAAGACGAAGCUACCACUCCUCGUCUACUUCCACGGUGGAGGUUUCAUCAUGGAAUCAGCUUUCUCUCUUGCUUACAACGCUUUUCUCACAUCGGCGGUUUCAUCCGCCGGUUGCAUCGCCGUCUCUGUAGAUUACCGUCGUGCUCCAGAGCAUCCGAUUCCAAUCGCGUACGAAGAUUCAUGGGAAGCGAUCAAAUGGGUAUUCACUCAUGUAAACGGAUCUGGACCGGAAGAUUGGGUAAACGAAAACGCCGAUUUCGGAAGAGUAUUCAUCGCCGGAGAUAGCGCCGGAGCAAACAUCGCGCACCAUAUGGGAAUCAGAGCCGGAACAGAGAAACUCAGAGUCUCGGGGAUUGCUCUGCUUCAUCCUUAUUUCUGGUCGAAAGCUCCGAUUGAUGAGAAAGAGAAGACAGAAGUGUCGGCGAGGAGGUACUACGAGAGGCUUUGGGAAAUCGCGAGUCCGAACAGCGAAAACGGUGUGGAUGAUCCGUGGAUCAACGUGGUCGGGUCCGGGUCGGAUAUAUCCGGAUUGGGUUGUGGUCGGGUUUUGGUGAUGGUGGCUGAAAAGGAUUUAUUUGUGAGGCAAGGAUUAGGGUAUGUGGUGAAGCUGGACAAGAGUGGAUGGGUAGGGAGAGUUGAAGUAAUGGAGACUAAAGAUGAAAGUCAUGUUUUUCAUUUAAGGAAUCCUGAUAGUGAUAAUGCUCGUCAAGUUGUACAGAGAUUUGCAGAGUUUCUUAAAGAUGAGUGA